CUCGAAACCCUAACGGCCCUAUCCCCCUCUCCACCUCUUCGGCCCCCCCCCUCCCCACUCCUCCCCUUACGUGCGGCAAUGGCGGCGACCCCGUUGGACGAGGCCAAGGCGAAGAACGUCCUCCGCCAGGUGGAGUUCUACUUCAGCGAUAGCAACCUCCCCCGCGACAAUUUCCUAAAGAAGACCGUUCAGGACAGCGAGGAUGGAUUGGUGAGCUUGGCGUUGCUAUGUUCGUUUACUCGGAUGAAAAAUCACCUGGGCUUGAGUGCAGCCAUGAAGCCGGAGGAGAUCCCGGAGGAGACUGUGUUGUCGGUGGCUGAUGUCUUGAGGAGUUCGCCUUCUCUUCGAGUCUCAGAAGAUGGGAAGAGAGUUGGUAGGAGUACUGAAAUGAUGAAGCCAGAAGAAGUUAUCGAGCAAGUUGAUUCAAGGACUAUUGCUGUCACACCUUUGCCUUAUGAUGUUAAGUCAGAAGUUGUUGAGUCUUUUUUUGCUCUUCAUGGAAAGGUCAAUAGUGUGAGGCUGCCUCGUCAUGUUUCUGACAAAAGACACUUUUGUGGCACUGCUUUGAUUGAAUUUUCGGAAGAAGCUGACGCAACAAAACUUUUAGAGGAGAAGUUGGUUUUUGCUGGAGCAGAGCUAGAAAUAAAGCCAAAGAAGGAUUUUGAUUCUAAAAGGGAGAGGAUGUGGAAGGAUGCUGAGAAAUCUCGCUUUAACAGAAAUGCUUCAAAUGGAAGCUAUCCGAAAGGUGUAAUUGUUGCAUUCAAGUUGAAGAAAAAGCAAGAGGAUAAAUGUGUGGAACAUAAUGGUGCGGACAAGGUUAAUGAUGAUGCAGGAUUCUGCAAAGCGGAACAGGGUCUGAACACAGCAAGUGAUGAAAGUGAACAAUUAGCGGUGGCUGUGGGCGAGUCAACAGAUGGUGUUGACAAGGAAAAUGAAACUAAGGCCGCUGAAGAUGUCCCAAAGGAAAGAGAAGAGGAGGUUACUGAUGAUGUUGCUGAAGAUAGAGAAAACAAGGAUGACAAAGGUCCAUCAACUGACAGUGUGGAGGUGAAGAACCCUGUGCCUGAUAAUGAGAGUGACAACGACAGUAUUGUUACCAGAGAGGAUCUUAAACAGAUAUUCCAGAAAUUUGGUGCUGUUAAGUAUGUUGACUACAGAAUGGGGGAGGAAUCUGGAUACAUCCGUUUUGACGAUCCUGAUGCAGCUACAAAAUCUCGUGCGAUGGCAGUGCUUGUUGAUGACGGUGGCUUGACCGUGAAGAAUUACAUAGUCACCUUGGAAGCCUUGACUGGUGAGUCGGAAAAGGAGUACUGGAACUUGCUUCGCAGCAAUCAGGAGCGGCAUAGAGGAAGAGGUGGUAAAUACAACAGAGGUGGGAGAACGCACGGCAAGCGACCAUGGCACACUGAUUCAGCUGAGAGACAGCCUAGAAAAUCUCACAAAGUUGAGGCCACUGCAUGAAUAUUUACGGAAUCACCAAGUCCGAGCUCGUCUCUUAUUGAACCGAGUAACGCAUAAUUAUCUUGAUAACGUUUGAUGAUAUCAUAAGUUAAUACACUUUUGCUAGUUGUCAUGAGUUCUAAUGAGAUUAUCCUCCUCUCUAAGCUAACUGGUUUACUGCA